AUGUCGAUCAAGCUUCUCGUUCUUGUUCUCUCUGUCCUGGUAAUCCUCACGAAAACCUAUUUGAUCGCCGAAGAUCCAUUCCUUGAUUCCGCCGUCUCGACUCCAAUCUCUCCGUCUCCAUGGAUUCUGCCCUCUCGAUCGCCGCCGCAGGCUCUUUUCGUCUUCGGAGAUUCCUCGGUCGAUUGUGGGACGAACAACUUUCUUGGGACCUUCGCCAGAGCAGAUCGGCUCCCUUACGGCAGAGAUUUCGAUACUCAUCAGCCCACCGGGAGGUUUUCCAAUGGAAGGAUCCCGGUGGAUUAUCUGGCUCUGCGACUUGGCCUCCCGUUCGUUCCAAGCUAUCUUGGACAGACCGGAACAGUGGAAGACAUGCUUCACGGUGUGAACUAUGCUUCGGCUGGGGCUGGGAUUAUCUUCUCCAGUGGAUCCGAACUGGGCCAAAGGGUUUCAUUUGCAAUGCAAAUCGAGCAGUUUGUGGACACAUACCAGCAGAUCAUACUCAGCAUUGGAGAGGAAGCUGCUGAUAAUCUGAUCUCGAACUCAGUUUUCUACAUUUCGAUCGGAGUGAAUGAUUACAUACAUUUCUACAUCAGGAACAUCUCCAAUGUCCAGAAUCUCUAUUCUCCGUGGCAUUUCAAUCAGUUCUUGGUUUCCAACAUGAAACGGGAGCUCAAGAACUUGUACAAUGUAAACGCGAGGAGAGUAGUGGUGAUGGGGUUGCCACCAAUCGGAUGUGCACCGUACUAUCUGUGGAGAUACAGCAGCCGGAACGGAGAAUGCGCAGAGGAAAUGAACAGCAUGAUCAUGGAAUCCAACUUCGUGAUGAGAUACAUGAUUGAUCAGCUUAACCUCGAUCUUCCUGGCGCUACAUUAAUCUUCUGUGAUGUGUUACAAGGCGCCAUGAACAUCCUCCAGAACCACCAGCUCUACGGUUUCAACGUGACGAGUGAGGCGUGUUGUGGGUUGGGGAAGUACAAGGGGUGGUUCCCGUGCAUAGCGCCGGAGAUGGCGUGUGAGGACGCAUCUUCCCAUCUGUGGUGGGACCAGUUCCAUCCCACCGACGCCGUCAACGCCAUCCUCGCCGACAAUGUCUGGAACAGCAGCCACGUGGACAUGUGUUUUCCCAUGAGCUUGGAGGCUUUGCUCGCUUCUGUCUGAAGGAGAGGGUUUCAACGAUUUUGCUCCGGCGGUGGAGAUGUGAGUACCCGUACACGUUUUGAUAAAUGGAGGAAAAGUAAGAGAUGAGUGCAUGUCUUGGUUUUAGGUUAAUAUAGGUUGAUGCGGAUGAUCAAUAUCCUCGUACUUUUAACAAAUGCGAAUACAUAUAUACAUAAACAUAUAUAAGCAUAUGUAUAUACAUAUAUACUUCCCAGUUAUUCGAUU